AUGGAGGCAAUCAAGCUUCAGAGGAAGUAUCCUCAAUUUUCUCAGGAGGAGAUGAUGGGCCUCAUCUCUCGCUUCCGCACACUCGAUGUCGAGGAAAAGGGCAGCAUCCCAAAGCAAGACGUUAUCAAAGCCAUCCAAGAUCAAGGCGAUGCUUCAUACGACCAGGUCCGUGAAACGCUCAAAGAAGUCGAUCUGGAUGCCUCGGGUCGUGUAGAGCUCGAUGACUAUGUCGACUUGCUUGCAAAGAUCCGUGCCGGUCGCAACGCAUCUGCCGGUGUCGUCACCAAGGGCAAGGUAUUCGUCAAAGGCGCCACCUCUUCUACCCAGCAUACCAUCAACGAGGACGAACGAACCGAGUUUACCCGCCACAUCAACUCGAACCUCGCUGGCGACGCUCACAUCGGCUCGCGAUUGCCCAUCCCUACCGACACGUUUCAGCUUUUCGACGAGUGUCGAGACGGUCUCAUCCUCUGCAAGCUCAUCAACGAUUCGGUUCCAGACACCAUCGACGAGCGUGUGCUCAACUUUGGCAAGGGUGGCAAAGGCCCCAAUGCCUUCCAGAUGACCGAGAAUAACAACAUUGUCAUCACGUCCGCCAAGGCCAUCGGCUGUAGCGUCGUCAACAUCGGUCCUCAGGAUCUCAUCGAUGGCAAAGAGCAUCUCAUCCUCGGUCUCGUUUGGCAGAUCAUUCGACGUGGUCUGCUCAGCAAGAUCGAUCUGAAGAACCACCCAGAGCUCUACCGUCUUCUGGACGAAGGUGAGACUCUCGAAGAGUUCUUGCGCCUACCUCCCGACCAGAUUCUGCUCCGAUGGGUCAACUAUCACCUCAAGGCGGCCAACUGGCACCGACGCGUCGCAAACUUCAGCAAGGAUGUCUCAGACGGUGAGAACUAUACGGUGCUGCUCAACCAGCUCAAGCCCGAUCAGUGUGAUCGCGCUCCUUUGCAGCAGAGCGACGUGAUGCAGCGCGCAGAAAUGGUGCUACAACGUGCAGAUGCCAUCGGCUGUCGCAAGUACUUGACUCCUGGAUCCAUGGUGGCUGGUAACCCAAAGUUGAACUUGGCCUUUGUUGCGCAUCUCUUCAACACGUGGCCAUGCCUCGAGCCGUUGGACGAGGCGCCGCCUGUCGAGAUCGAGGACUUUGAUGCGGAAGGAGAGCGCGAGGCGCGCGUCUUUACGCUCUGGCUCAACAGUCUUGACGUAGAGCCGGGUGUGUACAACUUGUUCGAGGACCUCAAGGAUGGCACUGUUAUUCUGCAAGCGUUUGACAAGGUGAUUCCUGGCUCUGUUACGUGGCGUCGCGUCUCAAAACCCAAAGAAGGCCAGGAGCUUUCUCGCUUUAAAGCGGUCGAGAACACCAACUACGCUGUCGACCUCGCCAAGGCGUCCAACAUGCACAUUGUCGGCAUCCAGGGAGCCGACAUUGUCGACGGAACAAAGACGCUGACGUUGGGUUUGGUGUGGCAACUCAUGCGUCUCAACAUCACCAAGACGCUGUCGUCACUCUCGAAAGGCGGUCGUGGCGUUAGCGAUGCGGAUAUGGUGGCAUGGGCCAACAAUCUGGUCAAGAGCAGUGGCAAGUCGACGCAGAUCCGUUCGUUCAAAGAUGCACAGCUCAAGACGGCAGUCUUCUUCUUGGACCUGCUCAACGCGCUGCGUCCGGGUAUCGUCGAUUACAGCCUGGUCAACACGGGUAGGACAGAAGACGAGAGCAGGAUGAACGCCAAACUGGCGAUCAGCAUUGCGAGAAAGUUGGGCGCGUUGAUUUUCCUGGUGCCAGAGGACAUUAUUGAGUUGCGACAGAGGCUUAUCUUGACUUUUGUCGGAUCGUUGAUGGCUAUCCAGUGA